AUGAGUAGUAGAGUUAGAAAGGGACAAACGUCUUUUGCUCCUAAACUCAAGAAUGUUAGGAGGAAGGUGACAUUGCCCACACCUGAAAGUACUCAGAAACCCAGUCAGGUGACAUUUUUCGAAAAAUCCAGUGAUAAACCCAUUGAUGAUGAGGAUGUAGACCCUAAGGAUAGUAGUAAAAAGAAUGAUGUAGCAGUAGAGGAUGAUGAUAAUGAUGAUGACGAUGGUUUUGAUGAGGUAUUGUUCAAGCAUCCACUGAGAAAAUCUUCGUCAUUCUCCCAAAGAAGGUUAUCAGGGAUCAGUUUGAAUAAACCUGGUAGUAGAAAGAGUUCUAUAAGUUUAGCUAUAAAGCCCAGGUUAUCGAUAGAUAGUACUUCCAUACCCAUACCCAUUGAGAUUCCCUUGGGGAAGAAACGGAGAACGCUGUCUGUGGUGGUCAAAAGGCCCAAAAAAGAUGAAAAUAGUGUUGGCGCGGUGGGUGGUCUGGUGGGUGGUCUGGUGAGUAGUUCGAUAGGUAUAGAUCCUGGUACAAAUGUCACCGGAAAUGCUGAAGUUGGUGUUGAAGAUGAUGAUGGUGAUGCUAUGAGUGACACGGCAGUCGCUGGUACGAUAGUUGCUGGUAUAGCAGGCACUUCAGCAGAUACUGAUAAACCAACUGAACCAGAACCCAUAAAACCCAAGAAACACAAGAUUGCUCGUGAUACGCUCUUUAAACAAGGGAUUAAAAUCAUUUAUGCUGUGGGUGAAGACUCUAAAAUUACGAAGUUCAGGACUGGUUCUAUAGACGGAGGUGACGAAGGGCUACCACUAGCCGAUGAAGAAGUUGAUUUGACGUUAACUAAUCGUCGACAAAUCCCUAAAGGUCUCGCCGACCAACCUUCAGAGCUUUUGUCCUUCUUUCAGAUCGAUCCGGGGUUCAUGACUAUGAAAGAUUUGACAUAUAACGACUUACCUGUUGGUAAAGUUAGUGAAAACUAUGAAAUGGCUCGAGAAGCUAAAGUCAGGCAACAAAGGAGUCGAGAUUAUCGUCGUAAUGUUCGUCUAUGUGCCAAGGUCCGAAAUAUACCCAUGGAGGAAGCCGAAUUUAUAGUUACCAAGAUCUAUGAGAUAGUUGAUGAGCGAAAAGUUACAUAUUUGGAGGCAGAACAGUUGUUUGACAAAGAAAGAGAAGAAAGAAAGAACAACGGAAUCAAAGAAGAAAUUAACGAGCCCAAAAAAGAACCUCCAAGAAUCAGUAAACUUCAGUUGGAGAUCGGGGCCAAUGGUAAAAUGGAAGUUAAUGCCGAAUCUACCAUUAUUUCUGCUCAAAAUGGUGCUCAUGGUGACCGUACUGUGGAAGAAACCAAUCCUUUCGAAAGACCUAUUUUGGGUACCACUUAUAGUAAUCGACAAUUAUCUGACCGAUGGACAGUGGAAGAAGAAGAGAAGUUCUUUGAUGCUUUGGCUGAGUGGGGAACAGAUUUCACUAUCAUAAGUAGUCUUUUCCCAUACAGAUCAAGACGACAAAUCAAAUCCAAGUUCAAUGUCGAAGAGAGGAAACGUCCAGAAUUGAUAGAACUUGCUUUAAGUCGAAAGAAAACUGAGAAGGCAGACGCACGUGAAGAAGAACUCACUCUCGAAAGUUUGGAAGAGUUUAAUGAAUCAAUAAGGAGAAUACGUCUGGAACACGAAGCCCAAAAGAGAGAAUUGGUGAAGGCUAAGGAGAAGGCUGAUAAGGAAGAUGCCGAAAGAAAUAGAUUGAAGGAGAUUGAAAGAAGAUCAGGUAAGAGGCCAUUAGAGAGAUUGACCAGAAAUAAGUCUUUAAGAACCAAUGAAGAAGUUGUUGGGACUUUGGAUAGGGCGAGGCCAGCUUAA